AUGCCGACCAACAAGACACCGUCCCUCACCAUAUUUUCCCUCUUCCUCGGUUUACUUUGGUUCGAUUAUUUUCCCGGUUUAGAAGCAGCAACCGGAAAAGUAGGUUCGGUUCCGGGAGUAUACGUGUUUGGAGAUUCGUUGGUUGAUGCCGGAAACAAUAACUACUUAGCAUUUUCCGUUUCCAAAGCUAAUUAUCCACAUAACGGCGUUGAUUUUCCUGGCAAAAAACCCACCGGAAGAUUCAGUAACGGCAAAAAUGCCGCCGAUGCUAUUGCUGAGAAAUUUGGGUUACCGUUGCCACCGCCGUAUCUUUCACUAAGAGGGCUAUUUAAAGAGAAAAGGAGAAAAUCUGCUGCCGUGACCGGUGUGAAUUUUGCUUCAGGUGGAGCCGGAAUCUUCAAUAGUUCCGACCAGAAACUUGUAACUAUUCCUUUAUCACACCAAGUAAACCAUUGGCUCUCUAUUCAUCGAGAACUGACGAAUCAGCUUGGACCAGCCGAAACACAAAUACAUCUAUCCAAAUCUCUAUUCACUGUGGUCAUAGGUAGUAACGAUCUUUUUGACUAUUUUGGAUCGUUUAAACUACGAAGAAGAAACAAUCCUCAACAGUAUACACAGUCAAUGGCUGAUAAACUCAAAGAGCAAUUGAAGAGGAUUCACGAUACUGGAGCACGCAGAUUCCUAGUAGUAGGAGUUGCGCAAAUUGGUUGCACGCCGGGGAAAAGAGAGAAGAACUCGGCAAUCCAUGAAUGCGACGAAGAGGCAAACACGUGGUGCUCUUUGUACAACGAAGCUUUGGUAAAGAUGUUGCAACAACUCAAACAAGAGUUGCAAAGCUCAAUGACUUACUCUUACUUUGACAACUUCAAGUCCUUACAUGACAUUAUAUCCAACCCUGCCCGUUACGGUUUUGCUGAUGUGACAUCAGCUUGUUGUGGAAAUGGGAAAUUAAACGCGGACACUCCAUGCCUUCCAAUCACGAGAUAUUGUUCAGACAGAACCAAAUAUCUCUUCUGGGAUCGUUACGGUCAUCCUACGGAAGCUGCAGCUCGAACCUUCAUCGACCUUAUGUUAUCUGAUGAUUCACAAUACUCAUCUCCUUUAACGCUGACUCAACUGAUUUCUUCAUAA